CAGGAGCCCUGCAGCUUAUAUCUCUAGUUAUCAGUUGAGGAUUUUGCCUUAGAGAAUGAGGUUGUAAACUUGCAGAGGUGGGUGGCAGGCCCUGUAUGUGUGGAUCCAGCAUGCAGCCGAAGAGGCUUGCCACCGAACCUCCAUGUAUAACAGAGGAUGUAUUUGAAGACUACUUGGCCACAGAUGAUAUGCUUGUAGACUACUUUAAUGAAUUUUUGAGUCUUCCGACUUUUUCCCAGCCAGUUAAGUUUAAUUCUGAUUUUGGGGUUUUUGAAGUAGUUAAUGAUGCCCCCCAACGCCUGGAAAGCCAGCUGAAAAAAAUUCUGCAUGAUCAGAAACCUCCAAACCCCAUUUAUGAUGUUAUAAGGAAAGCAAAGAAUGAUGGGCAGCUUUCCAAAAAGAGCCGCACUUCUCCAGCCUUCAAUAUUGAUCGAAAUUACAACACCAUGCGUCUUCAUCGAGAACAAGCAAUUCAGUGGAUUAAGAAAGAAAGACUUCCAUCAUUUCUAGAAAGUGACUGUUACUUUGAAUACAGACUAGCUAAAUUGAUAUCACAGGUAGAAUGGAGCAACACCGGCAUUAAUUUCAUUAUAGACAGAAAUUACUAUCCCUGGAUAAUGAAGAGAGACCCAAGUCCUCCUUUCCCUGAGGAGGAUGCCACUUCGUCCACUAUGAAGAAGUUCUAUGUGUCACUUGGCAAGGCUACGCUUUCUCAGACAGAGGAUUGGUUUACACUAGCAAAACAAAGUGAAUCCAUGAAAAAUGCAGAUUCAUUUACUCAUCCUUUAGCUUCUUGUCAAAUUCAAGAUGUCCAGUGUUUGCCUGGGCAGCAUGAAAGACAUGAUUUAUUAAGUGAAAAACCUGGGCUUGUAGAAGCAGGUUCCUUGUCUAAGGAAUCUCACCAGCGGAGUUGCAUUUCCCCUUCAAGGACAGCAUCAACAAAAGCCAGGAAGAGAUCCAGAAAGGCUGAGGAGGGUUCUUCUGUGGCCAUUGCUGAACAUCCUUCCCAUACUCGGUUAAGGGUUUAUCUAGACCAGAAAUGGAAGAGUGGAAGUGGGAGAGCAGGAAAGGGAGAAAAUGGACAGGAAAAUGGAACUUUUCAAACUUUGGAAGAAUUCAUAUCAGCUUAUGUUCAAUUUAUACUGAAGGAAGCCAUUUCAGACUUGACUGGCCAGCCAGCUGCCAAGAGUGAGAGUGAUGUGGAUUUCAAUAAAUGGCCUAAGGUGUUUAUACAUGAGUUAGCAAAUAAUGAAGUUUCCCUGGGUGCUACAGAACCACUCUUUUCUCAAAGUUUUUCUCCAUUUGCUGUCUUGGACUCCAAGGGCAAUGUACCAGACCGUGAUACUGAAGAAGUGAGCUUGCGAUCAAGUUCUGAAAGCGAAGGGGCAGAUAGCAGGGCUGCCUGGUGUAUUAGUCACAGAACUUAUGACAUUGGCAACAGACGGGAGUUUGAAAGAUUCAAGAAGUUCAUUAAAGGAACACUUGGGGAGAGGUACUGGUGGCUCUGGAUAGAUAUUGAACGACUAAAGGUUCUUAAGGACACUAGAAGGCAGCAAAGGCAGCUUGAUAAGAUGAAAAAACUCUAUCUGCUGAGCGGUGGAGAUUAUUGCCUCGGUUCGGAAGUCUUGCACAGAUUUGAUCUACUACGUGGAGAUCAGUGGAAUAUAAGGCAUUUAAGACAGAUUCAACCUGAAGUAGUGAAACCUUUACUUAUUUACUGGGGUCCCAGAUUUUGUGUCACUCAUUCAACAGCAAUACAAACUGCCUGCAGAAAACUGAAGCUUUGGCACAUGCACCAGGAGAGGCCAAGCGUGGACAUUGAUCCUUUUCCACAAAUGGUAUCAUUGUUGCCAUUGAGACCUAAGUCUUGCCUGCCCAGGAUAACACAUUUCCCUCCUCAUAAAAGUAGAACUAGCUCACCAACAACUUUAUUAAAACUAGCUACACCAGAUUUCUCUUUGAAGAGAUCAUCAAGGUCAUCAGCUACCCUGUCACCAAGUCAGAGCCCCCGAAGGGAUGAUGAUUCUAGCAGUAGAAAGUGGCCAAAAUCAGUGAGCAGUGGCAUGAUUCAUUGCUUAGCUUCGGAUGAUACUGCAGACUCAAGAUACCAGGGGGGCAGAAAAUACACCUAUGCUGAGUUGCUGCAAGGGAAAAGUGCUGCUGGCAGUGCUGUCCUGGGGGGAUCAAGAAUGGAAAGCAUGCUGCAGUCUCUUUAUUUGGAGAACAGAGCAGGCUACUACUUCACACACUUCUGUGAGAAGUCAGGGAAUAAGCUGUGGGAGAACAGUGCAUACUUUUGGUUUGACCUACAGGCUUAUCAUCAGCUUUUCUACCAAGAAACUCUUCAUCCUUUUAAAAUAUGCAAGCAAGCUCAAUUCCUUUAUGCAACUUACAUUGCCCCAUCUGCCAGCAUGGACAUUGGCCUUCAUCAGAAUAAGAAACACGAGAUUUAUAAGAAGAUUGAGCCAGCUUUUGAGGAUCUUUUUGACCCAGCAGAAGAAUACAUUCUCACUCUUCUGCUAGAACCAUGGAUGAAGAUGGUAGAAGCAGACAAAUGCACUUACGAAAAGGUGGAGCUGGUGGAAGAAACUCGACAGCUGGACUCCGUGUACUUUAGAAAGCUCCAGGCUUUGCAUCAAGAGAGUGUUUCCAAGAAGGAUGAGAGUGCUGCUGCUGACACUGGUCUGCCAACCUGCCAUGAUGUUCUCCAAAAAGAUCAAGACUCGUGUCAAGCUCCCCACGAGUUGGCAGGUCCUAAUCUGUGUGACCUGAUCCACGACAAACUGAAGUUAGAACAGUUCCGCGUUUUUCUUGAUGAGCGUUCUGCUGGCACGGAUCUCAUGUGCUGGCUAGAUAUUGAACAGUUCAGAAGGAUGCUCCACAAGGAUAAAGAAAAAGGGGAGGAAAAAUCUAAGGACAUUAAAAACAAGUACCUCAACAAAAAGUACUUCUUUGGACCCAACAGCCCAGCGACCAGAGAACAACAAGAAGAGCUAAUGCGUUCAGGUGGAGGAUGGGGACAGAUCCUUCAUGAUCAGGUUUCUCCAGCGAUUCUGCUAGAAAUUCAGAAAUACAUCCAGAAGAGAUUAGAAAAACAAUGGUUGCCAUUGUUCCUGGCAGAUGAGCAACACGGGCCGCAUGAAAAAGCAAAGAUAAGGGACAUAGUUGAAGAUAUCCUAAUCCAGAAGAAGGAGAAGAAAACAAGGAUGUGGAAGCAUGUGGACAAUAAAUGGGUUUCUUCAUCUAGGGAAAUAAUUGCUUUCCGCAAAGCGCUGUUGAAUCCAGUGACAGCAAAUCAAUUUCAAUGCUUCGUGUCACUGAAAGGAGACCUGCUGGCAAACGGAGUGCUCUUUUGGCAGGAGGUACAGAAGUAUAAGGACUUGUGCCAUUCUCAUUGUGAUAACGCCACAAUCCAAAAUAAGAUCACAGCUAUUAUCAACUGCUUUAUUAAUUCCACUGUACCACCAGCUCUGCAGAUUGACAUCCCAACUGAACAAGCAGAAAAGAUUUUGGAGCACAGGAAGGAACUAGGACCUUACAUUUUUAGAGAGGCACAGAUGACUAUUUUUGCUCUUCUGUUUAAAUUUUGGGCAAAUUUUUGCGAGUUUCGAAGCAAUUUGGCCAGUGACAAAAUUUUACCUGCCUUGGAGAGAAAAAAAGAAAAACAGAUGCAAAAGAAGAAAGGCAAAACAGCAGAGGGUAAAGGAGAGGGGAAAAAAGCUCUCAGUCUGUCAAGCAGUGUUUUCGGAGACGAAUUGGGUGCGGAGAGAAGACGAGCAUCAUCUCCAUAUGGAUAUGUGCAGCAGGUUUCCUGGUCCUAUUCCAAGUACAUAGAAGCCUUGGAGCAGGAGAGAAUACUCCUUAAAAUGCAAGAAGAUCUGGAGAAAAAUUCAUCAUCACUCCUUACAGGUUCCUCAUCUGUGUCCUUACUGAAGCCACGCAGCUCUGAAAGAUUCAUCCUUUCUCCAAGGAGUAGUAUGAUUUUGGAGAAACACUCAGAUCUUCCCAGAGAAACAGAAAGUGAGUACCAGAUUGCCAAGAGUGUGCUUUGAAAUUUGGAUUAUUAAAAGCUAAUUUUCCUGCUGUCAA